AUGGUAGGUGGUCAGAUACGAUAUUCUAUACCAGAGGAGAUGAAGAAAGGCUCUGUCAUUGGCAAUGUUGCGCAAGAUCUUGGUUUGGAUCUGAAACGGCUCCGUUCUGGGCGGGCCCGUAUCGUGACAGAAGAAAACAUCCAGUACACCGAGCUGAAGACAGACAAAGGGAUUCUAGUCGUGAAUGAGAUAAUAGACCGAGAGCAGCUCUGUGGGGACGUAACACCAUGUAGCUUCACCUUUGAGAUGAUUUUGGAAAAUCCUAUGGAAUUGCACAGAAUAACAAUAAUGAUCCAGGACCAGAACGACAACCCCCCUCAGGUUCUCUACCCAGUCCAGACCGGUGGCUCUCUGGUGGCUGAAAUGGUGCCUCGUUCAGCAGAUGUGGGCUAUCUGGUCACUAAAGUGGUGGCUGUUGAUGUGGACUCUGGACAGAAUGCCUGGCUCUCCUAUAAACUGCAGAAAGCCACAGACAGGGCGCUGUUUGAAGUGGGCUUACAGAAUGGAGAAAUAAGAACUAUCCGCCAGGUGACUGAUAAAGAUGCUGUGAAACAAAGACUGACUGUCAUAGUGGAGGACAACGGGCAGCCCUCUCGUUCAGCUACAGUCAUUGUUAAUGUGGCGGUGGCGGACAGUUUCCCUGAAGUGCUGUCAGAGUUCACUGACUUUACACACGACAAGGAGUACAAUGACAACCUGACUUUUUACUUAGUGUUGGCUCUGGCAGUAGUUUCUUUCCUCUUCAUCACGUGUUUAGUGGUUAUUAUAUCAGUGAAAAUCUACAGAUGGAGACAGUCUCGCAUCCUGUAUCACUCCAAUCUCCCUGUGAUUCCAUAUUAUCCACCACGUUACUCAGACACUUUGGGGACAGGUACUCUCCAACACGUGUACAAUUACGAGGUGUGCAGGACGACUGACUCCAGAAAGAGUGACAUCAAGUAUAUGCCACCAAUGAGUCAAAGUUUGGUUAGUGUUGAUGACGCUGGAACUGAAACCCUGCAGAAUGGAGAACAGUCAUCAGCAGUAUCUCGUAUGUCUACUCUGCAAGCGAAGGCACAGAUCCGGUAUUCAAUCCCAGAGGAGAUGAAGAAAGGGUCUCUUGUUGGUAACGUCGCACAAGAUCUUGGUUUGGAUUUGAAAAGGCUCCGUUCUGGUCGGGCCCGUAUCGUGACCGGAGAGAACAUCCAUUACACCGAGCUGAAGACAGACAAAGGGAUUUUGGUCGUGAAUGAGAGAAUAGACCGAGAGCAGCUUUGUGGAGACGUAACGCCGUGCAGCUUUACCUUUGAGAUUUUAUUGGAAAACCCAAUGGAGUUGCACCCUGUGACCAUAGAAGUAUUGGACGACCAGAACGACAACCCCCCCCAGGUUCUGUACCCAGUCCAGACCGGUGGCUCUCUGGUGGCUGAAAUGGUGCCUCGUUCAGCAGAUGUGGGCUAUCUGGUCACUAAAGUGGUGGCUGUUGAUGUGGACUCUGGACAGAAUGCCUGGCUCUCCUAUAAACUGCAGAAAGCCACAGACAGGGCGCUGUUUGAAGUGGGCUUACAGAAUGGAGAAAUAAGAACUAUCCGCCAGGUGACUGAUAAAGAUGCUGUGAAACAAAGACUGACUGUUAUAGUGGAGGACAACGGGCAGCCUUCUCGUUCAGCUACAGUCAUUGUUAAUGUGGCGGUGGCGGACAGCUUCCCUGAAGUGCUGUCAGAGUUCACUGACUUUACACACGACAAGGAGUACAAUGACAACCUGACUUUUUACUUAGUGUUGGCUCUGGCUGUAGUUUCCUUCCUCUUCAUCACGUGUUUAGUGGUUAUUAUAUCAGUGAAAAUCUACAGAUGGAGACAGUCUCGCAUCCUGUAUCACUCCAAUCUCCCUGUGAUUCCUUAUUAUCCACCACGUUACUCAGACACUUUGGGGACAGGGACUCUCCAACACGUGUACAAUUACGAGGUGUGCAGGACGACUGACUCCAGAAAGAGUAACUGUAAGUUCGGCCGAGCUGGUAGUCAGAACGUGCUGAUAAUGGACCCCAGUUCUACAGGGACGAUGCAACGGAUGCAGAGUGAAAAGAGCAUCCUGGAUGAACCAGACUCUCCUCUAGAGGUGAGCUAA